UGUUUAAUAUUCAUUAAACAACAAGGAUAAAAAAUAUCUUUUAUAUUUCUGAACGCAGCCCUGAUCUGAAUGGUUGCGUGAUCUCUGCGAAAGCCCGAAGCAGAUGAUUACUAAUCGGAGUGUCGAAAAGUUAACCGAAACUUGGUUCAAAUUAGUUCAAACGACGCCGGAUGCAUUUUGACGCCGUAUUAUUUGUGAAUAAAGCAACUUAAGUAACUCAUCUUUUCACGCUGAUCGAACGCUAUCUUUCUCUUCAAAUCUUGAAUUAUUGCUUUCGGCUUAUAGAAUGAAACCGGUUACUGGCGACGAAACGAAUAUCGUUUCUGAGCAGGAUAAAGUUAGAAAAUCUUUGCAUGAAUUGCAACCCUCAGCUAAUGAUAAAGAAACUUUAGUUGGUGCUGACAGGAUGAUUAAGUCUACUCAUCAAGUAAAAGAAGCAAAAUUAAAAAAAAAUGUACCUGUAAAAAUAAAAAAGGAUAUGUCUAAAAAACAAAAAAAGGCAACCAAUGACAAGGCUGUCCAAACUGUACCAGAAGAAAAGAUAAAUAUUGAAGCUGAGGAUUUAAUAUGCACAGAUUCAGCUGGUCCUAGUGAAAAUUACUGGCAAGUCCUGGCUGAAAAAAGGCGAAUAGCACUUAAAAAUACUUUAGAAGAAAAUAAAGAACUUGUAAAACGUGUUGAAAAGUUAGAAGAAGAAAAACGUAUUUACAAAGAAAUGUUAGAUGAGACAAAGUCACUUGUUGAAGUACUGCAGGACAUGAUUGAAGAUGAUAGAAAUGAUAUAAAUAAUUCAUUAGAAGACAGUGUCCUUUGAUUUAAGACAGUUAAUUUUUUAAUAUAAAGCUAUGAGGAGAAUAUAAUAAACUAUCAAGUUUUUAUGUAAAAUUGUUGAAAGCAUCCAAGCUUUUUAAUCAUCCAAAAGUUUGUGAUGAUUGUAGUAAGUAUUAUGCUUUCUUUUUCACAAUUUUACACCAGAAUCCUAAACCUUGUAGAUUUUAUAAGAUAGAUUUUCUUAGAUUUUAAUUGCAUAUUUUUUAAAUAAAAUUGUUUCAAUAAUAUGUUUAAUGUAUAUAGUUUAAAAUGUAACACUAAGAUUUUAUGAAUGGCUAUGGAACAAUAUAAACACAAUAUAAAGAAAGAUUUCAUAUUUUUAUCAACAGCAAACUAUUAAGAAAAGAAUAAUAUAGAAAUUUCAAGUUUCCACUUUGUUUUCACAAUAUUAUAAAUAUUUUCAAACAAUAUUUACUAAAGAGAGAUGUACCUAAUGCAGGAUUAUAAUCUUACAUCAUGAAAUAUUUUGGUAUGAUAACAUAAAUGCUUUCAGUAAUGUUACAUAAAAACUUGCUACUUUUUUCUGUAUCGUUCUUUUCUUAGUUAUAGUCAUAAAAAUCUAGAUUAAAAUUGUUCAUUCAAUUAAAAUUGUUCAUUCAAUUAAAAUUGUUCAUUCAAUAUAUAUUUUAUAUCAACUCAUUUCUUAUUAGUUCUAUGGACAAGUAUAUUAAAAAAGAAUUUUACUUAAUUUCACUUAAUAAGAAUAGAAACAUUAUAACUACUUAUAAAUAAAGAGAUCUAAUGA